AUGCCUGAGAUAGUUAAGAGGGCUGGGAGACGUUUUCAUCAGCACUUUAACACCCCGCCGCCGGUGUACGUGUCUGAUGAGGCGUCCCAACAGCACCUCCACACACCUCAGCGCAGUGCAAUCCUGGGUAUUCUACACUUCUGCGACGUACACCACAUACCUUGCUCUUUUAAAGAUAUUAAAGCUGCCCUUAAUAUCCCUCACUUAACUGCUUAUGAGGUUGCUCAGUCUAAGGAGCCACGUACACUCCAUCACAGCAACCACUCAGAUGCACAGGGUGCACCACGACAGCUCACCGGAGCCAACGCACACGCAAUAGUCGACUAUCUAGAUCACUGCCAGUUUGAAAAGAAAGCAGAGACUUGGCAGGACAUACAGGUUGAGGCUGGGGUUAUUCCACAAGGUGGGAAAGAGGCCUAUUCACGCAUUACAAUAUAG